AUGACAGGCCAGUCCAUAGUAUUGACAGAGGAAGGCGAAGGUAAAUCUGGAAAGCGCUUUUGGUACGAAAUCUGGAGCUCAACGCUCCAACAAGCAGGCAUUCUGCGUUGUGGUUGUCAGAUCGCACUAGCUCAGUUCAGCCGCAACGCAACUUUCCAAUCCCAUAUCAAUGUGUUUAUCGCGCUUGCACCUGUCGCUUACCUCGGCAACGUGGAAAGCCCAAUACGUAUAAUCGCGCCGCUCGCACAGAAGAUGGAAUACGUGUUGCGCUUGUUCAACCACGGAGAGUUUUUACCGAGUUCUGAUUUAUUGACAUUUUUGGGUAAAUUGCUCUGUACCGAAGGUCAUGCACCAAUUGUGUGCAAAAACAUCAUCUAUCUCAUCGCGGGCUACGAUGCGGGAAAUACCAAUGUGACUCGUCUACCUGUGUAUAUAGCACACACGCCUGCUGGAACGUCAACCAAAAACAUGGUACACUACUGCCAGGCAAGUAAUUCUCCCUUCUUACACCCUUAA